AAGACCCGGAACUUAUUUUUAGUUCCGGAUGCGGCGUUCGUUUUUUCCGAGUCCGGGUCCGCGUCGCUGCUCGCCGUCCCUCGUCUCGUCCUCAGGAUGUCUGAGCGCAAAGUUCUAAACAAAUACUACCCCCCCGACUUUGACCCGGCUAAAAUCCCCAAGCUCAAGCUCCCCAAGGAUCGUCAGUAUGUGGUGCGGCUCAUGGCACCGUUCAACAUGAGGUGUAAGACGUGUGGUGAAUACAUCUACAAGGGGAAGAAAUUCAACGCGAGGAAGGAGACCGUGCUGACUGAGAAUUACCUGGGCCUGCACAUCUUCCGCUUCUACAUCAAGUGCACUCGAUGUGUGGCUGAGAUCACCUUCAAGACUGAUCCGGAGAACACCGACUAUGCCAUCGAGCAUGGUGCGACGCGCAACUUCCAGGCGGAGAAGCUGAUCGAGGAGGAGGAGCAGAGGAUUGUGAAAGAGCGAGAGGAGGAGGAGCUCAACAAUCCCAUGAAGGUCCUCGAGAACCGCACCAAGGACUCCAAGUGGGAGAUGGACAUUCUGGAGAACCUGGAGGAGCUGAAGGACCUGAACCAGCGGCAGGCGACCGUGGACUUUGAGGGGAUGCUCGCCAGGCACACGGCACUCGAGGAGCUGGCACGGCAGAAGCAGCUGGAGCAGGAGGAGAGGGAGAUACAGGAGAUCAUGAACGAGCGCAAGGGGAAGCGUCUGAUCGACUCCGACUCCGACUCGGCGGAGGAGGAGGCAGAGUCUCGAAGAGCUCGCCUCUCGUCAUCAGCAGCUCCGAUGAGACCCACCGACAUCCUCACGCAGGGUGAAGAAGAUCAACCGGCGGAAAAGAAGCGCAAGACGGAGACAUGGGAGCGCAGCGUUGGCUCCAUCGGCCAGGCGGGACUCAAGGGCCUGGUGGUCAGGAAACCGGCCGCGAAGGGCGCAGCAACAACGACAGCGGCAGCAGCAGCAGCUACUGCAUUAGCUGCUCCGGAGACAUUGGCAGGGAAGCAGCAAAGUGGAACCCACAGAGCAGCAGCUGGUGUGUUGAGACCGGUGGCUCCAGCAGCGGCGGCGGCGGCAGCAGCAGCAGCAGGGAGUAGCGGAGCAGGCCCAAUGAUAAACGGAGCUAGCGGGUUGAGCCUGCUGGGGGCAUACUCGGACAGCAGCGGAGGGGGCAGCAGCAGUGACGAGGAUUAGUGACCAAGUGCACACCUGUACGCACCACACACCUUAACGCAGCACACACACCUUGGCAUCGCACACACACCUGUACAAAGUACAAAGAUCCCCCAUAUAGCCUUAACAGAUUGGAGGAAUAAGUGCUGUUCGAGAGUACCUAUAAAGGUCGUUUCAGCAUACGAGUUAAUGAUUGACCAGAACCACGCCUUGCCGCCUUUGUCUCCCUCGCGGUGAUAUUUGCAUAUCAUACCAGGUACUCAUUUGAGGCUGAGUUGACACAGUACACACACCUGUACACAGUACACACGCUUGUAAUCACCGCACACCUGCGUGCGACAUGUCCGGUAUGAUUUAAAGCUUUCGUGACUGCAGUAAUUCGUAUUCUUGGUUCUUUCGAUAAAGUCACGUUGAAGGGAAACAAUAAAAUAAUAAAAUAUAUA